UGACUAGAAGCUGACUGUAGGAUCAAAAUCGGGAGGCAAUUAGAGAGGGCCACCGUGCGCAUGAAAUUUUUAUUUGUGGUGUUAGCUGUUACCCAGCAACCGCCCUAAACGAAGGCUAUAUUUUGAAGCACCGCCAGUCCACGUGAGGUCGCGGGGCGCAGACCGCGCGCCACAAUUAUCAUGUCAAAUUGGUUCCAAUUUAAUUCGUUACGUGUCAACGUAAUACGUUACAUUUGAAAGAUGAUUGAUGAUGUCUUAAUAAAAUAUUUUGAAAGGAUCGUUAAGUGUGUAAACUGUUAGUAGGCGAGUGCGAGUGUAGUGCGGUGGCCGGGAGUGACCAGGAGUGGAACAACAGGUGAUGCCAUGACGCAGACCAACGUGACGACGCCGGAGAGCCGCGGCGGGGUGCCCACCGCCACUGAGGAGAAGCUGAUGGUGGCGGUACGCGUGCGACCGCUGCGCCCAGAUGAAGGUCCCCGCAUCGUUCACGUGGUCAGCGAUAAGAUGUUGGUGUUGGAAGAGGAGUCGGACAGCCGGCGAGAUGUGCUCCGCCAACGACGAGUCAACGACAAGCAUUACGUCUACGACAGGGUUUUCAAUGAAGAUAGCACACAAGAGGAAGUGUACGAGGCAGUAUGCGCGCCACUAGUAGGCGGCGCGUUGCAAGGGUUCGCGGGUGCAGUGUUCGCGUACGGCGCGACUGGCGCAGGCAAGACACACACCAUGACGGGGCUCAUGUCGCGCGCACUGGCGCACCUCUUCACCAGCAUUGCUGAGAGCGACCAGCCCUCGGCCUACGAGGUAAAGAUGUCAUACAUCGAGAUUUACAACGAGAACAUUCGUGACCUGCUGAACCCCGGGGCGGGGCCGCUGGAACUGCGCGACGAGGGCGGCAGCGGCGCGCCCGUGGUGGCGGGCCUGAGCGAGGUCCGCGCCACUAGCGCCGGACACGUCGCCGAACUCCUAGCGCGCGGCGAUCGCGCACGCACGGCUGAGGCCACGCACGCCAAUGACCAUUCUUCCCGAGGACAUGCGCUUCUUAGUGUUACAGUGAGUAGUGCCGUGUCAAACGGCGUGCAGCGCGGCCGCCUGUUCCUGAUCGACCUGGCGGGCUCCGAGCGCGCCGGGCUGCGAGCGCGGCGUCUUGAAGGCGCGCAUAUCAACCGGUCGCUGCUGGCGCUUGGCAACUGCAUCAUGGCGUUAUCGGGCGGAGCCAGAUAUGUGAACUACCGUGACUCGAAGCUGACGCGGCUGUUACGCGAGGUGCUAGGCGGGCGCUGCCGCACCGCCAUGGUGGCGCAUGUUGCCCCCGGCGGCGCGCACCGCGAGACCACGCGCUCGACGCUACAUUACGCGCAGCGCGCCUCCUCCAUCACAAACAGGAUUGAAAGAGAGUUGGUAGCGACGCCGAUGCACCUGUCCCAGUACCGGACCGUCAUCAACGACCUGCGCGAUGAGAUCGCCAGGCUGAAGCUCAAGAUGAGAGAUGACCGCUCAAGCACAAGAACAAUAGAAGAACAGCAGCAGAUGGCCGCAGAAGUGUCCCAACAGGAGACUGAAGAAAGCGCCGCCCACCUGAAGUCCCUCCGCGAAGCCAUCGUCUCCACGUUCAAGCAGCAGAUGCGGCUGCGGCGGCGCCUCAUGGAGCUGGACAGCCAUCUUCUGGGGCUAGCGCUGGACGCGGAGAGACAGCAUGCCGCGAUAUCGCACUGGGAGGCGCGGUUCAACCGCCUUUACAAGCCCAUUAACAUGCCCAGCUCAAGGCUCAGCACACAUCAGAGUUACAGAGGCGGCACGGGCUCUAGUGCCAGCAGCACGGCGGGCAACGAGCGCGCGGAGGCCGAGGUGGCGGUGGAGCAGGCGUGGGCGGAGCUGGCGGCCGUGGAGCGCGAGCAGGAGACGGCGCGCAACGAGCGCGCGCGCGUCGAGCGCCAGCUCGAGCAAGUGCGGCUACGAGGAGCACAACUCGAACAGGAGCUGCCCGCGCGCAUCAGCAGCGGUCCGGAGCGCGAAGUGCUAGCGCUCGUGUGCCGCGUGCACGAGCUGGAGGCCGACAAGCUCGCGCUGCAGGGCGAGCGCGCCGCGCGGGCCCACGAGCUGAGGAGGAGGGACCUCGCGCUGCAGAGGAGGGACGCGCAGCGGAGACUCUCCGACGAGAUCAUCACGCGCCAGCGGCGGGCGCUUGAAGAGAUGGGUAUAGCGGUCGCACCAGAGUUGGCGCAAUUGUACGAGCUGUACCAGCAAGAAAUCCACGCCUCCACCUACACGGAAAGCAAUGAUGUCUACGCGCAGCACCGGUUGCCGCCUAUCUCUACUAGCAUGUCCGAGCUGGCGUGGUCGGAGAGCUCGUCGGGCUCGAGCUCGGGCUCGGGCGCGCUGCCGGCGCCCGACCACCGCCUGCCGCGCCUCGUGCCCACGCCCAGACCCAGGACCAGGUACAGUCAAGCGAGUGCGGUGACCAUGAAGCGGUACUCCAGCGACGAUAGUCUAGUGAUGGUGGCUCCCCGCGCCGCGGACGCUGCGCCCUGACUCUUCCAGCAAUUUCUACGGAUUUCAGUGUUCAAGUUCCGAGACAACAUACAUGUGGUAUGGCAAAUAAUUCGAUUAUAUCGAUCCAUUAAUCGAUUUUAUCGAUACCAAUGUUAAAAAUCAUCACGCCUCAACACAAAUAUUAGGCGAUUUUUGAGAUGCUCGAUAUUUUUUUUGAGAUAUGAACAAGCGAGCGAGCAUGAAUAUUGUAUUUAUUGGGCGUUAUCUGCCAAUUGCAGUGAGGGUUUUCCGACAGGGUUUCUCGCACUAGGUGGCAAAUGUUCGGUUAUGAACCGACGGAGAUAGUAGUAAUAAUUUAUGCAGGCGGUUAAAAGAGGCGGUAAAAUAAAGUCCAGGGUUAAAGUAACUGUAAAAUCCGAAGUUUAAAAUUAGGUUACUUAAUAUGUCUAGGUACCUGUUAAUAAACUCGUGUGCUUUAUUAAAAAAGCUGGAAAUGUUCGAAAUAAAUAAAUUUCAUACUUUGGAUUUUGCAGAAGUGCUUCUGCAAUCCUGGAUCAAAGCUCCUGAAACCCUCUUUAUUUUCGAUGUGUAGAUCGAAUUGUAUUUUAUUUCCGUCCAUGUGUAUCGUGAUUAUCGUGAAUGUGUAUGUGAUAUAUGUAUAAGAUCGGAAGUUAUUAGUAAAUGUUCUGUACAGAAUUAGCUGCGUGACAGCGUGAUAAUGAUAGUGUCUGUGUCUUUUAAUCACAUGGGGUUAAAACCUCACGUUUAUUUUAUCACGUGGACAACGUCAUUUAUCAUGCGCCUGUUUGGUUUAUUAUACUGUUAAUUUAAAAUAUUUAAUUACUAUUUAACUUUGCAAACAGUCGUGCUCCUGUUGGCAAAUAUUUAAUUGCGUCAGCCGAAAUGUGUCAGUUGCCUACUCAAAUAUUUUAUAUUCUUAAUCUGUAUUAAUUUCGGGGGAAUUAAUUUCUAUUUGUAUAGUAAUGCUGUGACUCACUACUGUCUUCUUAAAAACAUUUACCUACUUAAUACCCUCGUUACACGUAAUGAGUAUAGCCUCCUAAUGCCCACCCAUACAAAUGAAAAAUUCAGAAUUUGCCAUUGAGAUUUGAACCUUUAGUCCAGGGAAUAGAGUUGAUUUUGGAUUUGUUUGAAAAUUGAACGAAACAAAACAAAUGCGACUCUGUUCCAAUUGAAUAUGAUUUAAGUUCAUCGAACUGAAUAAGUAUCUACUAUAGGUAGGACCUUGGGCCUUAGGAGACUCACACACACAGAGUCUCACUCUGAGACUCGAGGGACACCCACUGGCAAUACUUGAGGGCCCACCGCGGAAACUGAAACACAUUUGUGCGAUAGAGAGGCAGACAACGAAUUUUCGUUUUUCGCAAUAGUUUGGAAUUUAGUAAUGAAAAGGAACUACUGGAGCGACCAAACGCUCUAAAUGCGUUUUCGGAUAUUGAACUAUUCCAAUAUAAUAUUGCCAAAAUCUUAGAUGGGUUUACGUUUAUACCUAACUCUUAGGGCUCAUUAUCCACAUUGCUUACUAAUGAUAAUAAGUCCAAUAGAAUAUAUAUCAUUCGAGAAAUGGGCCUCAGGCACUGUGACUAAACCCUAUAUCACACUUCAAUCCAACGUCGCACGUAAUAAAGCGGAAAGUCCUUUUUUAAUCCCAGAAUUUAGGGAAAUUAACGACGUAACGGGUAAUCGUAUUUUGUAGUUCGUAGGUUUCAAAUAAGAGCCCUAGCUAAUCCUAUUGUCUAUUGUUAAGCAAAACCGCUCGUGCCACGUGCCACCACCACCUGCAUAAAAACCUGCGUACUUCGGUUACUGAGUGCCGGCGAGUCGAACGCUACAGAAACAGUCUAAAAUGUGUCAUCGAGAUGCGUAACAAAGGCGCGUUAUCGGAGAGCGCAACUACACUGGUUUUUUGAGCGUUGGACUAGCCUGCGCUCAGGUGCCAAAUAGAAUAAGUAUGACCCUUUUUUGCAGGUAAGUAGCACGUGCGGUUUUACUUAACAAUAGACAAUAGGAUUAGCCGUCGGGCUCAGUUACGAAGCUACGAACUAUACUUAGGGUGACCCGCCAGUAUCUAGCCACCUAUUAGUAACUGGCUAGCUAGCUAGUAUACGGUGGCUAGUUAUUGAAGGCAUAGCCAGUUAUGGAAACCUUAUACUAAAAUGAAUUCUGUAAAGGUAUAGGUUAAUAGAAUUCAAUUUAAAGUUUAGGGUGAACAGUUAUUGGCCGGGGGCCAGUUACUGGCGAAUUACCCUUUUUGAUCUGUGCCACCUGGUUGUACUCGUUAUAUGUAACAAUCAAGGAAUUAUACAUAUUAUAAUAGUUUAUUAACUAAUACCUUGAUGUACAUACGAAUAUGUAUAUGUUAAAUACUUAACUAAACCCCCCCUAUUAUGUGUGUCUGAGGUAUAGACUAGGAAUCCUCUAGACCGAGUUUAGAGCAAUUAUUUCAUGCAACCGAUGAUGCCAAAAAUGCGGGGGUGCGCGGGACGAGGUGAGCGAAGUCUCGUGCCGUGAUUGGUCCGUUCAAAGACACGGACGUCACACAAAGGUGGCAGAGGGGGUAGCGCGACUAUGCUCAGUCUGGAGGAUGUUUUGUCUGUGGUCUUAGGUGAAUAUUACCUGUUUGUAAAAUAUUGUAAGAUUUGCAGAAUGAGUAUUUCUUUUGGUAAUUGGCACUUGAAUUUGUAGUCUAUAACGAAGGAAAUAUGGUUGAAUUUCUUUUGUUUUGAGUUCGAAAGAAAUAAAAGACGUGCGUUCCUGUUAAAAUUAAAAAAAAAAUGGAAUUACAUCGAUGUCACCUGUAAAUAAUAUAUUACUCUUUAAAAGGCCGCAAAAAUAUGUGACACGCUCUUAUAGCUCUACAAAUAAGAUCAUGUUAGAUAUUUUUGCGGCCUUCGUUGUGUAAUAUGUACCGCAGGUGGCCGUACCAUGGGUAGGACACGCCUCAGGAGGAUAAUGCGUUUUUUUGGGAACUGUACAUAUCUACAAGUAAGAACUGUAAGGGGGGGGGGGGUUACUUAAGGGGCUCUACCUCUACAUUUCUUCCAUGCAUUACACAUUAUAAGCUGUAGUAGGUAUUUGCGUUACCAAGUUAUU